GUUAGAUGGUACCUUCUCUUAUUGGCAGAACUCGUAAUUGUCGCCCCGCAAAUAGCCAGGAUCGUGGAAUGGAAGCUCUAGCUUCGGCUCUAACCCCCUAACCCCCCGCUAACGUCAUGUCCAUAACCCUUCUCGAAGCAUUCGGUUUCAGGUCGUCAUGUCACGAAACAUUGCUUGAUUUACGUUUAUGAUUUACAACAUUUCUAGGGGCUUUACGUCCAAUCCCGAGAAGACCUACAGAAUAUCAAAAGCAGGGGGCUCUAUAGCUCCUCGGGAAUAAACCGCCUAGAAACUGGACGUACUUACAGUAAAUACAUAUGUCCUAGGUAUGUACCUCCUUAAGCUUAAACUAGUAAGCUCCGCUAGCGAAAGGUAAUCGGUGGGGGAUCUUAUCCGUUUGCUUAUCGUAGCUUACCUACGUACAUAUUUUUCUUAAGAGCUUCACAAAUUCCAACCGAUCCGGCCUCAGAUGUCCGCAGCAGAAACCAUCACGAUUUCCACAGCGUUCGCUUCAAUUUCCCAUUGAGCCACUGCGAUGGCUCGUGAUGUUUCCAUAAUUGCCUCAUCUCGUCCUCCGUAACAUUCGUUACCAUAUUUCCUAUUUGGAAUAUCUCGUUAAUCAUGUUGGCACUCUCUAUUCGCGGCUUCGCAGGCUCGCGUGCUCUUAAUAGACCCUUCAUCCGAACCAUAGCCUCGGCUCGUCAUAAAUCAUUCGAAACCAUUCCAUCUUCGCCAAUUCGAAUAUUGCGAUCGGUUGAAUCAGUCAGAAGAUGGAGGAGGCCCCAGUACCUCGACCAUAGGAUUGUUGGCCUGGUCCCCACUAUGGGAGCUCUGCACGAAGGUCAUCUUUCUUUAAUUCGCUCCGCGGCCCGCGAAAGCCACCACGUCGUCGUCAGCAUAUACGUAAAUCCGGCACAAUUUGGUAUCAAGGAGGAUUUGGCUUCUUAUCCCGUGACUUGGGAGUCGGAUUGUAAGAUCUUGGCUGAACUGGACCGUGAGUUGGCCGACGAUGGUGGUAAUCUGGGCCGCAUCAGCGCUGUUUUUGCGCCAACAACCCCCGAGAUGUAUCCCUCCGGCUUUCCGGGCCAGGAGGUGGACUCGAAGGGAAGUUUUGUGGUCUUAACGCCAAUAAGUGAACUGCUUGAAGGUGGCACUCGACCAACGUUUUUCAGGGGUGUUGCCACUGUUUGUAUGAAACUAUUUAACAUCGUACAGCCUGAAAGGGUGUACUUUGGCCAGAAGGACGUUCAGCAGACGGUGGUCAUCCGGAAGAUGGUCAGAGACUUCAUGCUACCUACCGAAGUUGUUGUCGGCCCUACUGUUCGGGAGUCUGACGGUCUUGCUUUAAGCUCGCGGAAUGUCUACCUUGGCGAGAGGCGACGCAAAGUUGCUACAGUAUUAUAUCAUUCACUGAAAGCUGCCGAGUCUCAGUAUUUGGACGGAAAUUUGGAUCGGGAAUCGAUCCUGAAAGCUGCCAAUUCUAUAGCUACGAAUUUUUUAAACGAGCAAGCAGCCUUGUCUCCCGAAAGGAGGGUAAGGUACGAGAUAGACUAUAUCUCGCUUGCAGAUCCUUUAACGAUGGAGGAACUAACUAAGGUUGAUCCGGAAAAGGGCGGCAUCCUAAGCGGUGCGGUGAAGAUGCUGCCUGUUGAAUCGCCGCAGCCAGGCGAAGACUUAGGACAUAGCGGAGGGCCAGCAGUCCGCCUCAUAGACAACAUUGUCUUGAAGCCUUCUGCAAAAGUCUAGAUUAGACAAUGCUUGAAAAUACCCAAGAAGUUCAAUUAUUACCAAAGAAGCAAUCCUCAAAAUAUGCCCUCGUUUCAACUCGGCAGAGUUAUAUCAUACUCGAGCCUUUUAAUAUUAACAUAUCUUCCAUUACUGCUGGCCUACCGCCCUGCUAAUGGGAUUGGCUAGGUAGAUCUAGCACUUUUACUCGGGACUUUCCCAUUCACCACCUGCUCAGCGCAAACUCCGAAACUUGAGCUACACGUACCUACGUAUAUACAUGGCAAAGCCAAAGGUAAUGUCCCAAAGACGGUAUCAUUAAAUUGUCUCCUUCGUCCGGCAGAGAUACAAAUCUCGUAGUUCUGCCAACUAAAGGAUUUCGCCGCGAUGCGUUGAUUCUCCACCUGCAGUCUUACGAUGAAUUUCCAAUGACGAUGUGCAGGAGUACUACUCUAUAU